AUGUCAGCACAAACAGCUGUUACUCAGUAUAUCACCGCUGCCAAUGGCGUCAAGUAUGCGUAUCGACGUAUUGGCGAUAAUCUUGGAGUCCCCCUAGUCAUGCAUAUUCACUACCGGGCCAACAUGGAUCUCUGGGACCCUCUAUUCGUCAAUGGUCUUGCCAAAGCAAGACAAGUUAUCAUUUUCGACAACGCCGGAGUUGGUCGAAGCACUGGAGAGGUUGCAGUCACGUAUCAGGGUUGGGCUGAUACAGCAAUAGCAUUCAUCGAAGCUCUCAACCUCAAACGAAUCGAUCUUUUGGGAUUUUCGAUGGGCGGAUUCGCUGUUCAGAUGAUAGCACUGACAGCUCCACAAUUGAUCCGACGACUGAUUUUGAGCGGGACGAGUGCCUCUCUUCCAUCCGCUGAUCACGUUCCAGGAGUUGUCUGGCCUCGAGAGAACGCUGCUGGACCGGCAAUUCAGGCUCUGAUGAGCUCGGUGACUACCGAGGAAGGGAGGCGAUCCUUGGAGUUUUCUUUCUUUUAUGAUGAUGAACGUGGCCGAGAAGCCUUUGACCGAUACUGGCGAAGGGUCCAAGAACGAACCGCAGAGCCCCUAAUUCUCGAUCUCCUGACCAGUGACGCUGGAGCCCAGCGACAAAUGGAAGCAGCAAUGCACGCGAGCCAAAAGAACCCCAAUAAUUCUUUCGACCGCCUCGGUGAGCUGAAAAUGCCAGUUCUGGUUGCCAACGGAGAUGACGAUCUUCUAAUCCCAUCAAGCCGCAGCUGGGAAUUAGCCAAGCAGAUACAAAAUGCCCAGUUGAUAAUCUACCCCAAGGCUGGACACGGCUUCAUAUGGCAAUACGCAACCUUGUAUGCGGCACAUAUCAACCAGUUUCUUGAUGGAGCCGAAUAUAACGAUCUUUCGCCGCGACUGUAG